GUUAGAAGCGCAGCUUGAAACGCGCACGGCAGCUCUCCCAGUGGCACUUGAAAGAUGAGAAAUUCGACCAUCGCUCAUUUCGCUCCUGCGUUACAUCGGAGAGAGGACUGGGCGUGAUUGAGCGUGCGAGGAAGGUGCGAGGAUGCUCGGGAACCGCGACCUGAACGCUGCGGCGAACAUCCGCCUCAUCGCCGCGUGCGUGGAGGACGGCACGCCAUAUCCAGCUGCGCUGAGCAGGCCGCCCAAGCGGCGCGGCUGGAUUAGUGGCAGUGGCGUCCAGAUUAGCGAUGGCGGGGGGGUGUGCUGCAGCGUGUGUGUGCUGCAGCGUGGGGGUGUGUGUGCUGCAGCGUGUGUGCUGCAGGUUGAGCCUGUCCUCCCCAGCCGUCCGGCCUAGGUCCGUGAUGAGAGGAGCUAGAUAGGUUGAUCCUGUCUCAGCGCUAGCCUUCUGACACCGUCCUGAGUGGUCGUCUGUUCUAGGCGUAAGCUCAAAACAUUACUUCGGCGUGUGGGGACGCCGCGUUGGCGAGAGCCACGGGUGUUGCUAUACCGUGGGGGCAUGUCUCACCCGUGGAGGGCACUGUAUGCAGGAUGUUUGGAUGAUUGGAAAACUGCAAGUCCUUGUUGCAGAAUAUUGCCGAGUGGUUCGUACAUAAAGCAGCAGAGAAGUUGGGAGAGAGCCGCUGUGCAUCAAGGUAGCGCAUGGCAAUUGCGGAGCCAGGAGACAUACCAUUGCAGCGCGGCGGUGUAGAAUGCGGCGUACCUGUUUGUUUCGAUGAUGGCUGAGGCUAUGGCACUUUACACAUUCUAUGCGGGAUUGAUGGGGAAAGGCGUCGCGUGCGAGAUUGUUGGCAUGGGUACGAGUUAUGGAGGGAUUGUGUGGAGUGCCGUGAGGUUCAUGACAUAUCCAAGGAAAUUUGAGGUGUGAGGACGGCUCAAAAGAGCAUGCGGCAUGGGCGCAGUUGACGUAAUCCUUGUCGUUCCUUGUUCAGGUCGGCCUCCUUGGAGGGGAUGUAGGUGAUGGGCUGGGUGCCGGCUGGCGCUGGCGCGUCUGCUGCCCCCGCGUGCUGGAGGUCAGUCGUGGCCAGCACGCCCGACUUGGCCGCACCACACACAGCGCAGCCACACACCGCACAUGUACCAGCACUCGCGCAUGCGUGCUCUCCUAGAUAAGGGGUACCCUGUGUUCAACUCGUACAACGUUGGGCACAAGCCAACGGGCUUGUGGGGCCAGCAGCGGACCCACCGGCCUCACCCUAGCUUGUCAGCUAGGGACUCGCAAGAGGUAGUCUUAUGACGCCGACCCACGGCUUAGGUGAGCAGCGCUAGCGUUUGCGGUGAGCGGUGAGCGGUGAGCGGGGCCUGGGGUUCCUUAUACUUGCGGUGCAAGGGCUAGAAUGGUGCCAUAGUACGCGCUGCCAAACCCACAGGUGUCGGGAUGUUGGGAUGUUGCGCACGGGAUGUUUAGUGGCACGACAGCGUGUGUUCCCACAUACUGCCAUUCAAUAAGAGCGAACUAGUACGUAGCACGUACGAGUACACGCUUGUACGUACUACGUACCGUGCAACCCUGAGUGAGGUGUUGCGCUGCGGGGCGGCCGGGAGGUUUCGGGAGCCAUUCGUACGGAUUUUGGGGGGCGCCUCAGGAUCGAGAGUGUACUGGCGCCUACGCUGCUCCUCGUGCCCACCGCCCACGUGAGCUACUCCACUUACCAUAAAUGGAGUAGAGAAUUCGAUAUGGAGGUC